AUGAGCAUUCAAAAAUGGAUCACGCCUCUCCAAGGCUUGGAUAGCCUCCGCCAGAUAGAGGACUCGAUGCCAACACCCGGCGCGGGGCACGUACUGGUGAAGAUCAACGCAGUCUCCCUCAACUAUCGAGACGUUGAAGGUGAAGCCCCCUCAAAGCACGAAGAAUAUAACCAAGAAAGUGACCUGAUAACUGAUAAGUACUUAUCAGUGACGAAGGGUGAAUAUAAGCACCACAAAACCGCCGAUCAAGACGCCACCAUUGUGCCAUGUUCGGAUAUGUGCGGCACCAUCAUCGCCAUUGGACCUGAUGUAUCACAAUGGACCGUUGGAAACCGCGUUUUGUCUACAUUCCUACCCGAGCAUCAAACCGGCCAAGUGAUGGAGAACCAAUUGGCAGGAAGUCUGGGCCUCCCGCUGGACGGCGUCCUCGCCACUCACCGCAUCUUCCCCGCACACGGAUUGGUCCUAGCUCCUGCAUUCAUGUCUGAUGAGGAAGCAUGCACCUUGCCAAUUGCCGCGGUGACGGCCUGGAUGUCUAUCAAUGGGAUGCGACCAAUGGGGCACAAUGGCGGUAAAGACGAGUAUAUCCUGCUCCAAGGGACUGGGGGUGUAGCCAUAGCAGGAUUGCAAAUCGCCAAGGCUUCUGGGGCUAAAGCCAUCAUCACGUCCUCAUCCGAUGAAAAAUUAGAUCGAGCCAGAAAGCUAGGUGCCGACUUUACAAUUAACUACCUCACCACUCCGAACUGGGAAGCAGAGGUAAUGCGAGUCACGGAUAACCACGGCGCCGAUAUUAUUCUCGAGACUGGUGGAGCACAAACCCUCAGAAAAAGCUUUGACUGCAUUGCGUUUGGUGGCCUCAUCGACUGUAUUGGCUAUGUAUCGGGCAAAGUCGAUGCGGCUGAUGAUCGGAUGAACGUGAAUUUAUUGGCUUUGCGACGAACGGUGACCCUCAAAGGCAUUAUCAACGGCCCCAAGGAUCGGUUUGAAGAGAUGGUCCGAUUCUAUGAGAAGAACCAGAUUCAUCCAGUGGUUCAUCGGGUGUUUUCUUUCGCUGAAGCUAAAGAGGCAUUCAAGUUUUUAGAAAGUGGUAGUCACUUCGGAAAAGUGGUUAUUAAAGUAUAG